CUUAAAGAAAAAUAAAGAAUGAAGCGCCUUGCAGCCAUGGUGCUCUGGUUUCUCCUUAUUCCUACCUUAGCAUUUUCCUAUCUAAUAAUUCCACUGCCGCCAUUGGUGGCAGGAGCCUCCGGUUCCAACAUAGCGCCACCACCACCGGCAUUGCCAGCAGCUCCAAGGCCGGGCUGCCCUAGCAUGUGCGGCAAUGUAAACAUUCCCUACCCAUUCGGCAUCGGGGUCGAAUGUGCCUGGCGGCCGGGCAUGGGCUUCUCCAUCACUUGCGACCAUAGCUAUAACCCUCCAAGACCAUACACAGGCGACUUCGAGGUCAUCAGCAUCUCGUUGGAGGCCGGCGAGAUGCAUGUCUUCUCCGACGUGGCCUACAUCUGCUACAACUCAUCCACCACCACUGCAUCCAACGGAGUCAGCGCCUGGACACUCAGCUUCAACCCCGCAUUUCUCAUCUCCCCAACUCGCAACAUCUUUACAGGCAUCGGCUGCGACGCGAUUGCAUUUCUAAACGGCAGAGAGGAUUUCAGCUUCUUCACUGGCUGCAUCACCUCAUGCAACAGCUUGCAUGCAGCGGCUGAAGACGGCGAGGAGUGCACGGGGCUUGGCUGCUGCCAGAGUUCCAUCCCAACCAACCUCUCCACGAUAAAGAUCUACUGGGGGAACAACGAGAGCUAUACGCCUACAAAUCUAGCGUGGGAAUACAGCCCCUGCAACUACGCUUUUAUCGGGGAGAACGACUGGUACCACUUCAAUCAGAGUGAUCUCAAACGUGAUGCCAAUAACAAGACCUUUAUUGACCGUGUUGGAAACAGAACCAUCCCCAUGGUGCUUGAUUGGUCCAUCAGGGAUGGCAUGUCUUGCCAGGCACCAACAAAGGAUUAUGCUGGGGCACCGACAGCUCCUGCUUGCAUCAGUAGAAAUAGCUUCUGUGUUAACGCCGCACACGGACCUGGGUACCUCUGCAAUUGUUCCAAGGGCUACACGGGCAACCCCUACGUCACCGAUGGCUGCACAAACAUUAACGAGUGCAAACUUCGAAAAUCAAAUCCUGCGAUUUAUGAAAAACUUUGUGGCAGUAAUAGCAAAUGCCAUGACACACAGGGCGAUUACGAGUGCAAAUGCAAAUUUGGACACAAAGGAGAUGGUAAAAGUGAGAAAGGAUGCCAGCCCAUAAUUGAAGGAUAUGCAAUCGCUAUAGUAGUUACAUUGGUCUCCCUCACUAUUCUGGUGAUCCUACUAUGUCUUCUGUACAUGGAGUACAGACGACGUAUUCGGAGAGGGCACUUUGACAAAAAUGGUGGUAAAAUCCUAGAGGGCGCUGCGAACAUCGUCACCUUCUCGGAAGAUGAGUUGAGGAAGAUCACAAACAACUUCUCGAAAGAUCGUCAAAUUGGAAGAGGUGCCUUUGGCAUGGUCUACAAAGGCACCACCGAUGACAACAAGCGAGUCGCGGUUAAACGACCCAUAGUAGAAGGAGAGAAAUCCCGGCAAGGGGGUGAAUUCGUCGACGAGAUCAUCUUCCAAUUCGCCAUCAGCCACACCAACAUUGUGCGCCUCGUUGGGUGCUGCCUGGAGACGAGCAUCCCCAUGCUGGUAUUUGAGUUCAUCCCCAACGGAAGCCUCUCCGACAUGCUCCACGGUGCCGGCAAGCAAGGCUCUCUUUCUUUGCAGAUGCGACUUGACAUUGCCAUUGGCUCUGCAGAAGCUCUCACCUACAUGCACUCACAUGAUGCCGGACACAACAACCGCAUCCACGGGGACGUGAAGUCUGGAAACAUCCUGCUCGACGACGACCUCAACCCCAAGGUCUCGGACUUUGGGUCGUCCAAGCUCGUGUCCAUUGCUAGCAGGUAUGCCAAAUGGGCGGUGUCAGGGGACAUGAGCUACAUUGACCCGGUGUACAUCAACACUGGUUCUUUCACGGAGAAGAGCGACGUGUACAGCUUCGGCGUGGUACUCCUGGAGCUCAUCACCAGAAAGAAGGCCAGGUAUGACGGGUGCAACAGCCUCCCCAUGAACUUUGUAAAGACUUGCAAGAAGGAGGGCAACGGAUGGAAGAUGUAUGACAGAGACAUCUUCUCUGGUGAGGAUGCUCAGACGUCUCAACGUUACAUUGAGUGCCUCGACAGGAUAGGCGCGUUGGCUGUCCGAUGUCUCAAGGAAGAUGUGGAGGAGAGACCAACCAUGGCAGAGGUGGUGGAAAAGCUUAAGCAAGUGAAGUUAAUAGCCUUCGGAAACUCAGGCUCAGAGGCGAGAUGAAAUCAGGAAGAAGGAAGCAAAUUAAGCAUACACGGUCAGCAUUAAUGCUCUGCAUCAAGAGUUGAGCUUUAUUACCAGUCCUUUAAUUUGUUAUUGUUAAGUUGAUUAUAUGAAUUCAGUAGUUAGUUCCAUUUUCCUGUAAUUGGUAUUAGUGGUUCCAGAAAAAUCCUCCAUGUCUGGGAUUUGAACUAUAGUAUAUAGUAUAUGUGGGUUCCUGCUUCCCCAAAUAAAGAUACUAAUUUUAUGAAAAUAAAUAUGUAUAUUAAUUGUA